AUGCCUUCAGUUGCGGAUAGAAGAGUCUACGAAGAUCAAAUACCGCCUUUCAUGACAGUAUUUGAUCUGGAUGCCGAGACCAUGGCAGAUCAGGACACUGUGACACUCAUGGACACUAAAUUCGUCGACAUGGAACCAAAGCGACCUGGCAUGAUGGGUGCUUCUCCUCAACAUGGUCUUGGCCCUAGCAUGAUGCCUGUUGACGCAACACACAAGCAUCACGAUAGCACUUCCACACAGACCUCCGAGUCGGCAGACUCUUCACCCACAACGACCUUGUCUACAACCGACUCCUCGCCCCUCUCAGAUGCGUCUCCCUCGUCUUCUCCCGAUUCUCCUAUGAAUCUGAUUCCCCUCAACAACUAUCCUGCCACGAGCUUCGGAAACCUCUCUACCAAUCUCAGCAGCACAGCCACCACUACUCUGUUGAGUGAGCCUCCUCGGCUUCAGCGACCAAUGACAUCACCUUCACCUCGAAGAGGGCGCAAUAUGAAGGGCCUUUCUAUCCAGCCCCCAUUCGCUGCCUCGACUUCAACGACAAAUAUUUCGCUGGUCUCCGAGCCUUCUUCUCCAUCAUUUAUCAAGCCUACGAUUCCCGCUAUGAGAAGAAAGCCCAGCCAGCUGAGUCUCAAGACCAAUACUUCUGACUUGAUCCAUAAGACCACCCUGGAGGUCCCACCCUCACCAGCCAUGCCGAUGCUCCAGCGUCGAGCUCUUAAGCAUUCUUGUUCCUCACCUCACAUGUCUUCCGGUCUGAAGUCCGCGACCUUCGGUCCACCUGGUGGUAUGACUUUUCCCAAGGUUUUGGAAAGAAACGAAUCCGGACUUUCAGAAGUAUUGCGGCCCACAAAGUCAAGUAUGAAACCAGCUUUCCAUUCUGCGAUUACUGAGGAAGAUUCGCCAAUUCGUACUCAGAUGGCCAUUCGGGAUGAUGACCCUUACCGCGAUAACGAGAACAACGAGGACAUGAAGACGCCAGGCUACCCUGAUGGGCCAAUUGCGAUCUACGGAGACAAUGUUUUUCUCUACUCGGAACCCACGGCUGACGAAGCAUCGCGGUUUGACGUAGUUAUCAAUUGCGCUCGCGAAGUCAGCAACCCUUUUGAAAUCCGCAAAAUGGCCCAUGAAUCACAGUCGCAGUCACCAUUCCAGUCUAUGCGACGCCCUGUUUCUGGGGUUGAAAGCCCCAUCCCCGAUACUGCUGUGUCUACAGCCAGUUUCAUGACAGCUUGGGAAUAUCCCCAGGAGGAUUCAGCUGAGACACCUACCACACCAAAGGCAUUUCAAUUUAAAGAGCCUGAAUACAUCCAUAUUCCUUGGGACCACAAUACCGAUAUUGCACCGGAUCUUAUGGAGUUGUGCGAUGUUAUUGAUAAGCGGACAAAGGCUGGCAAACGUGUGCUUAUCCAUUGUCAGCAGGGCGCAAGUCGAUCUGCCAGUCUGAUUAUUGCCUACGGCCUGUUCCAGAAACCGCAUCUCACCGUGAAUGAUGCUUACUACGCAGCUCAGUCCAAGAGCCAAUGGAUCAGCCCGAACAUGAAACUCAUGUACUCGCUGCAGGAUUUCCAAAAGGAAGUGUCAACGAAGCGAACGGCGUUACCGUCACACCGUCCCCGUCCUGGCCGUAGCCCUUCGAAGCAUAGAAUCACACUCUCUGUUGGUGCUAUCGAUAUUGGAGCCAAGGAGCCACAGACUGCUCCUCUUCCAACACAGAACGAAGAGUCGAAGGACUCGCACUUGAAUCCGAGUCCAAAUCGACUUCGCGGAAACUCAACACCUGGACCUCGACCGGUCUCACCUGGCCCAGCUUCAGCACCCCCUACUUGCACCUGGAAAGAUGAGGUUGAGCAGCACUCGUCAGAACACCUGGAUCCUCUCAAAAUUAGCGACUUGCCCAAGAGACCUGUGUCAAGCCAGGGCAAGGCGCCACCAACUCUAGCCCCGUCUCCCAUGAUGGACUCGAUCAUGAAGCCUCCACCUUCGCCCGGGUUUCCCUCUCAGGCGAGUCUUGGCUUCCAGACCAUGACCUUCCCACGAUUCAAUCCGGCACCAUCGGAAAUGAGAUUUAGUGAUGCGCCAGUGGAGAGAACCAUAACUCUUCCUGGUUCAUACCCGGAUGAUAAUGCUCUAUUGUCACCGAGAGCCGAGAUGAUGACUAACAACCCGCUUCAUGAUGUCCAUGAAGUCGCUGGGAUGCGAUUCGUCGAGAGCCCGCCAACACCGAGCCAAGGCUUGUUUUCUCCUCGAGCGGGCAUGUUCCCUCGAGACCCUUUUUCAACCUUCGGAAGACCACCGGUCGUUGCAGAUCCCAGGAGUCCACCCACCAAAGGCGAGGCACCUAUUAUUCGAUCAAUUGAUGAUCUCUUAUGA